AUGGAGAAUGUGGGCACUUGGUCAUGGGCAAGUGGCUUUGACCAAGGGCGAGAACGAUUACCAUGGGUAGUUGUUAGAGCAUGGCUCAUGUUCUCCUUGAUGGGCUUUGGUGAGAAUGGUUGGAGUAGGCGGUUCCACCAAGACACAUGUUCUCUUAAGGAUGGAAGAAGUGGGGGGUUCCUCAUCCAUGUUCAUGUAGUGCACAGUUCCUCAUCUCAUGACCAGGUGGUAUCAGAGCUUGGCUAUGAUCAUUGGAGCAUCAUGAUGAAGACAUUAUUCCGCUUCAAUGGCCUAUGGGAAGUAGUGGAGAAAGGUUUUUCUAAGGAAGAAGCUAAGCUCACUGAGAACCAACAGAAGGAUGCUCAUGCUUUAUUUCUCAUUCAACAAGCUGUGCAUCGUUCUUUAUUCUCUCGAAUUGCAGCAGCUAAUACUGCUAAGGAAGCAUGGGACAGUCUCAAGAUACAGUUUCAAGGAAGUCCCAAGAUUAAGGCAUUGAGAAUUCAGGCAUUAAGGCAAGCUUUUGAAAGCCUACAAAGAAAGGAGGAUGAAGGUGUGCAAGCAUAUAUUGCUAGAGUAAAUGAUCUGGUUAAUCAAAUGAAAGGACUAGGAGAUGAAAUGCCUGAAGCCCUUGCUGUUGGAAAGGUCCUUAGAACCUUGGGACCAAAGUAUAACUUUGUUGUUGCAGCAAUUGGUGAAGCUAAAGAUCUUACAAAACUCACCAUGGAUGAGUUAGCUGGUUCACUUCAGGCUCAUGAAGCUCUAUUGCUGAGUCAGGAUGAUACUGUUACUGAUAAAGCUCUUGUUAUGAAAGAAGAUUCAUUUGAUGAUGAGAAUUGGUCUUCCACUCGUAGCAGAGGCAGAGGUUUGGACAUGUACAAUCUAAUUGCUGGUUCAAAGAUAAAAUUCUUGAAAACAAGUAUGUGGAGAGAGGAUCAAGUUCUCGUGAAUCUCAAAAAUCCUCAAACUCCUAACAAAGAUAUUGGGGGUUUAUUCAUGGUUCACACUGAGAAUGAAGCUUGUGAACCUUCAAUUUGGCUUGUAGAUAGUGGUUGCUCAUGUCAUAUGUCGAGGCAGAAAGAAUUAUUUUACACUCUGGAUGAAUCAGACUGUCAUAAGGUUAGACUUGUAGAUGAUCAAGAGGUGAAUGUAGCUGGAAAAAGGCUCGAUUCGCCACAAUUCAUGGAGGAGAAACUAAAUUAA